AUGUCUACAGAUAUAAUUUCCUACUUAGAUAAUUUACCCGUUGAACUUCUUUAUCAUAUUUUAAAAUUUCUCGAUACUGAUACAAUACUUUUAUCAUUUCGUUAUGUUUGUAAACGUUUUUAUAUUAUUUCAAAUGUUUAUAAUCAAUAUGAAUUAAAUUUAAAUUCAUGUACAAAAUAUAAUUUUUAUCGUUUUUGUCGUAUUAUUAAUCCAUUAAAUAUUAUAUCACUUAUUUUAUCUGAUGAUGACAGAACACCAGGUCAAAUAAAUUUAUUUCUUUCAUUUUAUAAACUUAAACAAUUUAAAUAUCUUCGUUCAUUAACGCUUUUGGAAAUUGAAGAUUCAAAUUUAAAUAUCGUUUUAAAAGAUUUAUCUUAUGUAUCACUUUUAUCCUUAACGAUUAAAUCUCGUACAUUUUUUACAUGGACAAAUCAAACAUUAUCAUGUCUUUCAACAAUUCUCGAACAAUCUAGUCUAAAACAAUUUACAUUAAGUAUAUGGUGUUUUGAAAUUUAUGAUUUUAUAUGGCCAAAUCAAUGUCAAAUCGAAUAUGUUCAUAUAUCAAAUCGAAUAACAUUUGAACAAUAUUGUAUUAUUCUUGAACGAUGUUUAUAUUUAAAAACAUUUAUUAUUAAAGAUGUACUUUGGAAUGAUACAAAUAUGAUUACUUCUAAUCAAUAUCGUCAAUUAAAAUCUUUAACAUUAGAAGAUAAUCGUAUGGAUAUAUUUAAAUUAGAACAAUUUCUUUCAUUAACUCCAUCACUUGUUUAUUUAAAAGUUAUUGGUAUGGCAUAUUUAGUUGAUAGUUAUCGUUGGGAAAAAAUACUUCGAAUAAAACUUUCGAAUUUAGGAAAAUUCGAGUUUUUUUUUCAAUCAUGGAAAGAUGUUAAUUAUGAUUUUUCGGAUAUUGAAUCACUUAUACGACCAUUUCAAACAUCAUUUUGGUUAGAAAAUAAACGGUGGCUUGUCAAUUGUGAUUAUAUUAUUAAUCCAACUGAAGUUAUUUUAUAUUCUAUACCAAUUUGUAAAUCAUAUUUUCAAUAUCAUGAUCAAUCAAAUAAAAUUACUUGUUCCAAUAUUACACAUACACAUCUGGAUGAAACUAUGAUGAAUAAUGUUACAGAAUUACGAUUAAAUUUAGUUAGAACUUUUUGUCAUGGAAAUAUUGAGAAAAAGAUAAAUUCAUUUCCUCAACCUUUAUUUCAUAAUGUAACUGAACUUAUACUUGAUCUUGAUGAUCAAUGUUCACUGAAUGCAUCAUCACAAACAUUAUCUAAUUUAAUCAAUCUUGUACAUCUUAGUCAACUUUCAUUAAAUCUUAAUUAUGAUUAUUCUUUGGAUUUAAAUACGCGAGCAUAUUUAAAAAAUAUUUUUAAGCAAAUUUCUAAUAUUCGUACAUUAGAAAUAUGUAAUAAUUUAUCUACAAUUUAUUCCAAUAUAACAAUUGAAGAUAUUUGUUCAUUGAUUCCAUCGUAUAUUGAACAUUUAAAAAUUACUGUGAAAAAUAUUAAUGAUAUGAAAAUAAUUAUUGAUCGUUUUGAAUAUUUAUCAAGUAUAACAUUUCGAUUUUCAUUCUAUAAAUCAAUUCCAUCGGCAAAAAUUAUUGAAUCAUUUUUAAAUAUAAAAAAAGAUUUAACUUAUAGAAAAGAUGAUUGUUCUAUACGAGUAUGGCUUAAUCGAUUUCCAAAGAGUAAAUAA